CUCCCAACGGAAGAGGAAGACAACUGAAAUGAUUAUGUCUCCUCCUAUUCGUUGUAGUAUAGUUAAAACCAGGGUUAAAAACCAGACGUCGGUAGCUGUAUGUAUCGGGAUAAACAUUUGAAGUGGUUUAUAAUAUCGGUCAGUGAGAGGACGAAGCGAAGGGUUUCGUCUUUUGGAGGGUUUUAUUUUUUUUAGGACUUGUUGUAAAUAUGACUUCCCUGACACAGCGGAGUUCGGGCCUAGUGCAGAGGCGGACCGAGGCCUCUCGUAGCUCUGCCGCCGACAAGGACCGAGGAACCGGGGAUGAGGACUUCGACACCCGCCGCCGCGGAGGAGAAGGAGAGGAAGAGGAGGAAGAAGAGGAUAAGGCAGACUCCAAAGAAACUCGACUCACAUUGAUGGAAGAAGUGUUACUCUUGGGAUUGAAGGACCGCGAGGGCUACACGUCGUUCUGGAACGACUGCAUCUCGUCGGGGCUGCGUGGCUGCAUGCUCAUAGAGCUGGCCAUCAGAGGACGACUACAGCUGGAGACCUGUGGCAUGAGGAGGAAAAGCCUGCUCGCCAGGAAGGUGAUCUGUAAGUCAGAUGCUCCGACGGGAGACGUGCUAUUGGACGAGGCUCUGAAACAUGUGAAGGAGACCCAGCCGCCAGAGACGGUGCAGAGCUGGAUUGAGCUGCUCAGCGGUGAGACGUGGAACCCUCUGAAGCUGCACUACCAGCUGAGGAACGUGAGGGAGCGCCUGGCCAAGAACCUGGUGGAAAAGGGCGUGCUGACCACGGAGAAACAGAACUUCCUCCUCUUCGACAUGACCACUCACCCGCUCACCAACAACAACAUCAAACAACGCCUCAUCAAGAGGGUUCAGGAGGCCGUGUUGGAGAAAUGGGUCAACGACCCGCACCGCAUGGACAAGCGGAUGCUCGCCCUCAUCUUCCUGGCCCACUCGUCUGAUGUCCUGGAGAAUGCCUUUUCCCCUCUGCUGGACGACCAGUAUGACCUGGCCAUGAAGAGAGUUCGGCAGCUCCUGGACCUGGAGCCAGAGGGGGAGAGCACGAAGACCAACGCCAAUGAGUUGUUGUGGGCCGUGGUGGCCGCCUUCACCAAGUGACCUACCACCUUCAGACACCAGAGGGUGCUGUUGGUUUGGCGUUGGUUGAUGACGGUGGGGUUGAGGGAGAGGACAGGACAGUUUGGGGAGGGAUAACGAGGAGAGGGCUGGUCUGUCUGGCCCAUCAAGGUAGUGACUUGACUGGCUUGAGGUCACCUCCCUCUGUCUUUCUGAAGAGACUGGCCUGCUCCAGACCUGUCCCACAGCUUUCUGAACAGAAUGGUCUGCACCAAACCUGUCCCACAGCUUUCCAGAAUGGUCUGCUCCAAACCUGUCCCACAGCUUUCUGAACAGAAUGGUCUGUUCCAAACCUGUCCCACAGCUUUCUGAACAGAAUGGUCUGUUCCAAACCUGUCCCACAGCUUUCUGAACAGAAUGGUCUGUUCCAAACCUGUCCCACAGCUUUCUGAACAGAAUGGUCUGCACCAAACCUGUCCCACAGCUUUCUGAACAGAAUGGUCUGCACCAAACCUGUCCCACAGCUUUCUGAACAGAAUGGUCUGCACCAAACCUGUCCCACAGCUUUCUGAACAGAAUGGUGAAUACUGGACUGAAAUAUGAAGAUCCAAUCCUCUUCCCCCCUGGACAAAUCUUUCACAAAUGUCUUCAAAGUAUGUAUGUUAUUCUCUACAGGUAUCUGGCUCUUAUUCACUAUAACCGACAGUGAGCUCCAACAGUAUUGGGACAUUGACCCAUGUGUUGUUGUUUUGACUCUGUACUCCAGCACUUUGGAUUUUAAAUGAUACAUUGACUAUGGGGUUUAAAGUGCAGACUGUCAACAUUAAUUUGAGGGUAUUUUCAUCCAUAUCGGGUGAACCGUGUAGAAAGUACAGAACUUCUUGUACAUUGUCCCCCCAAUGACUACUUUAAUACACACAUAAGUGAAUUUGUCCCAAUACUUUUGGUCCCCUAAAAUGGGUGGGAGGACGAGGUACAAAAAAAAAAUGCUUUAAUUUCUCAACAGUUCGCGUGAAAUGGGAUGAAAAUACCCUCAAAUUAAUGCUGACAGAAUGCACUUUAACCUCAUAGUCAAUGUAUCAGAGCCAAAACAACAAAUAUGUCACUGUCCCAAUACUUUUGGAGCUCAGUGAUGCAGAUGUACGUGGAACACGGAAGUAGAAUGUGAAUUGAAUACUAGAUAAGUCUUGGAUUUGAUUUCCUCUCCAACAUGACGACAUGGUCUGACAUUUCCUGCUUCUGUUUUACUCUCAAUGUUUUGUGGAUGAAAAGCUUCCCUCGUUAAGGUGUUUGGGUUCCCGACCACGGCUCCAUCUGAAAUCUAUCCUACUACGUAGACACUGAGUGUACAAAACAUUAGGAACACCUUCCUAAUAUUCAGUUACGCCCCCCUUUUUGCCCCUCAGAACAGCCUCAAUUCAUCAGGGGUAUGGGACUCUAUUCGUCAGGGGUAUGGGACUCUAUUCAUCAGGGGUAUGGGACUCUAUUCAUCAGGGGUAUGGGACUCUAUUCGUCAGGGGUAUGGGACUCUAUUCAUCAGGGGUGUGGGACUCUAUUCGUCAGGGGUAUGGGACUCUAUUCAUCAGGGGUAUGGGACUCUAUUCAUCAGGGGUAUGGGACUCUAUUCAUCAGGGGUAUGGGACUCUAUUCAUCAGGGGUAUGGGACUCUAUUCAUCAGGGGUUUGGGACUCUAUUCAUCAGGGGUAUGGGACUCUAUUCAUCAGGGGUGUGGGACUCUAUUCAUCAGGGGUAUGGGACUCUAUUCAUCAGGGGUAUGGGACUCUAUUCAUCAGGGGUAUGGGACUCUAUUCAUCAGGGGUAUGGGACUCUAUUCAUCAGGGGUAUGGGACUCUAUUCAUCAGGGGUAUUGGACUCUAUUCAUCAGGGGUAUGGGACUCUAUUCAUCAGGGGUAUGGGACUCUAUUCAUCAGGGGUAUGGGACUCUAUUCAUCAGGGGUUUGGGACUCUAUUCAUCAGGGGUUUGGGACUCUAUUCAUCAGGGGUGUGGGACUCUAUUCGUCAGGGGUAUGGGACUCUAUUCGUCAGGGGUAUGGGACUCUAUUCAUCAGGGGUAUGGGACUCUAUUCAUCAGGGGUAUGGGACUCUAUUCAUCAGGGGUAUGGGACUCUAUUCAUCAGGGGUAUGGGACUCUAUUCGUCAGGGGUAUGGGACUCUAUUCGUCAGGGGUGUGGGACUCUAUUCAUCAGGGGUAUGGGACUCUAUUCAUCAGGGGUAUGGGACUCUAUUCAUCAGGGGUAUGGGACUCUAUUCAUCAGGGGUAUGGGACUCUAUUCAUCAGGGGUAUGGGACUCUAUUCAUCAGGGGUAUGGGACUCUAUUCAUCAGGGGUAUGGGACUCUAUUCAUCAGGGGUAUGGGACUCUAUUCAUCAGGGUAUGGGACUCUAUUCAUCAGGGGUAUGGGACUCUAUUCAUCAGGGUAUGGGACUCUAUUCAUCAGGGGUAUGGGACUCUAUUCAUCAGGGGUAUGGGACUCUAUUCAUCAGGGGUUUGGGACUCUAUUCAUCAGGGGUAUGGGACUCUAUUCAUCAGGGGUAUGGGACUCUAUUCAUCAGGGGUAUGGGACUCUAUUCAUCAGGGGUAUGGGACUCUAUUCAUCAGGGGUAUGGGACUCUAUUCAUCAGGGGUUUGGGACUCUACAAGGUGUCGAGAGCGUUCCACAGGGAUGCUGGCCCCAUGUUAACUCCAAUGCUUCCCACAGUUGUGUCAAGUUGGCUGGAUGUUCUUUGGCCCCAUGUUGACUCUCAUUCUAGACUCUAUCCGAUACCUAAGAAAUAUAGAUCUAUGAAAUUAUAGCCUAGAUCUCCAAAGGGAACUCGGGAGUACUGUCUGGUCUGGUACGGGUACGUCUAGCUGGGAAUAUAUAUAGUGCACUACUUUAGACCAGAGCCCUAUUCCCUAUAUAGUGCACUACUUUAGACCAGAGCCCUAUUCCCUAUAUAGUGUACUACUUUAGACCAGAGCCCUAUUCCCUAUAUAGUGCACUACUUUAGACCAGAGUUCUAUUCCCUAUAUAGUGCACUACUUUAGACCAGAGUUCUAUUCCCUAUAUAGUGCACUACUUAAGACCAGGGCCCUAUUCUCUAUAUAGUGGACUACUUUAGACCAGAGUCCUAUUCCCUAUAUAGUGCACUACUUUAGACCAGAGUCCUAUUCCCUAUAUAGUACACUGCUUUAGACCAGAGCCCUAUUCCCUAUAUAGUACACUACUAUAGACCAGAGCCCUAUUCCCUAUAUAGUGCACUACUUUUGACCUGAGCCCCCAUAAGGAAUAGGUGGUCGUUUGAGACUCACCCAUUCCCUCCCCCCUCUACGUUUCGGUCCGUCCUCUGAACGGGAUUCGGUAGCAGUAAAGAAACCGCUCCAACGAUCCACCACUGAAGUCCCUCCCUCUUUGUGAAAGAAAGGUUGUUUUCUUCUUCUUCUUCAUUCAUCUGUCUUAUCAUUGUUUCUUAUAAUAAUAGUUUUGUUUUUAACUUUCUCAUCAAGACAGCGAGUGAUUGUGUUAGUUGUGUCUGUGCACACCAAGGUCUGUGCAGAAUAAAACGAGAAUGGAGGGGGGGGGCUGUCUCUGUUAUAGAGCUUAUGGACAGUUACAUAUGCAGUGCCUUCGGACAGUAUUCACACCCCUUGACCUUGUUCUACGUUUUGUUUUACAGAAUUUGAAAUGUAUUUUUUGUGUCACUGGCCCCACACACCACAAUCAUAAUGUCAAAGUGGAAUUGUGUUUUUAGAAAUGUUUACAAAAUUAUUAUAAUUUUUUUUUAACGGGAGAAGCUGAAGUGUCUUGAGUCAAUUUUAGUUUUCAACUCCUUUGUUAUGUCAAGAUAAGUUCAGGAGUAAAAAAUGUGCUCAACAAGUCACAUAACAAGUUGGCGUGGACUCACUCUCUGUGUGUAAUAAUAGUGUUUAACGUGAUUCUCUGUACCCCACACAGACGACUAUGUCUAAGGUCCCCGACUAUGUCUAAGGUCCCCGACUAUGUCUAUGGUCCCCGACUAUGUCAAGGGCCCCGACUAUGUCUAAGGUCCCCGACUAUGUCUAAGGUCCCCGACUAUGCCUAAGGUCCCCGACUAUGCCUAAGGUCCCCGACUAUGCCUAAGGUCCCCGACUAUGCCUAAGGUCCCCGACUAUGCCUAAGGUCCCCGACUAUGCCUAAGGGCCCCGACUAUGCCUAAGGGCCCCGACUAUGCCUAAGGGCCCCGACUAUGCCUAAGGGCCCCGACUAUGCCUAAGGUCCCCGACUAUGUCUAAGGUCCCCGACUAUGUCUAAGGUCCCCGACUAUGUCUAAGGUCCCCGACUAUGUCUAAGGUCCCCGACUAUGUCUAAGGUCCCCGACUAUGCCUAAGGUCCCCGACUAUGCCUAAGGUCCCCGACUAUGCCUAAGGUCCCAAGAUGCAGUGCAUUCGAAGAGCAUUCAGACCCGUUGAUUUGUUGUUUUUUCUCCACAUUUUGUUACGUUACAGCCUUGGUCAUCCAUUCUACAGCUCGAUUGGAGUCCACCUGUGGUAAAUUAAAUUGAUUGGAUGUGAUUUGGAAAGACACACACCUGUCUAUAUAAUGUCCCACAGUGGACAGUGCAUGUCAGAGCCAAGGACAAUCCAUGAAGUGUAAAAGCUGUCAUCAAGGUCAAAGGGUGGCUACUUUGAAGAAUCUCAAAUAUAAAAUAUAUUUUGAUUUGUUUAACACUUUUUUUUGGUUACUACAUGAUUCCAUGUGUUAUUUAAUAGUGUUGAUGUCUUCACUAUUAUUCUACAAUGUAGAAAAUAGUAAAAAUAAAGAAAAACCUUUUUGAAUGA